AUGAAUAGUCUUCCAGAUGAACUGCUGCUGAAAAUCUGCUUGAAGAAGUAUUUUAGUGGAUAUUGUGAAAAACGACUUUUCAUGCGUCUUGUAUGUAAGCGAUGGCUUUGUUUGUGGGAGCGCUGUAGCGAGAACAAGAUUGCAGUGGAAUGCGUUCGCGUUUCUUUACGAGCGGAAGUGAAUAAUUUCUGCAUGGCAGUUAUAGUGCGUGAGCGUUGGAUGGGGCUUCGGUCAAAAAAAAUUUACUGCGAAUACAAUUCGGAAGCAGUUUGGCGCCUUAUGUCUCUCGUUUAUUUAGGCGGGAAAGGUGUGAGUUUACGUUUAUAG